ACUCACAUGGAUGAAAACAAACAAUCAUUUAUAUUUAUCAGUCCAAUUAAUACGAAACAAUAAUUGAUAAAAAGUAGACGGUACUGAGUAUGAUAACAAAUUGACUUUCUUCAGUCACUUUCUAUCAUUCGGCUACACGUAUCAUCAUGACAUCCAGUGCUAUUUUCUUUACCAAAAACUUUAAUUUCCAAUGUGCGAAAAAUUAUUUCAAUAUCAUCCGUAACUUCUCCGCAGUUUCAUCAAAGUUUGAAUUACCGCGGCGAUUUAGAGGGAAUGAUAAAUCUGUCUGGGUCGAGUACAUUAAUUUGGACCUGAAAUAUAAACCUUUGAAUCUCGGGCAAGGAUACCCUGAUUUUUUUGCUCCAAAUCACGUAACUGAUGCUCUGGCUUCUGCUACUAAAAGUAAUGACCCACUUCUUAAUCAGUACACAAGACCAUUCGGUCAUCCAAGAUUAGUAAAUGUUCUUGGAAAACUUUAUUCGAAAGUUUUAAAUAGAAAUAUAGAUCCGUACAAUGAAAUACUUGUAACUGCAGGUGCAUAUGAAGCUGUUUAUUCAGCCCUGCAAGGCCACACGGACAUUGGAGAUGAGUGGAUUGUCAUAGAACCGUUUUUUGAUUGCUAUGAAUCUCUGGUUAAAACUGCUGGUGGUGUGCCAAGAUUUGUAGCUUUAAAACCAAAAAAAACAACUGGGGUCAUAAGUUCAGCAGACUGGGUCUUUGAUAAGGAUGAAAUGUCGAGUCUUUUUAAUAAAAAAACCAAAGGAAUUAUUUUAAAUACUCCUCAGAAUCCUUUAGGAAAAGUAUUUACUCGGGAUGAGCUUGAGUUUAUUGCUGAUUUAGCUAAAAAAUGGGACGCAAUUGUGAUAUCUGAUGAAGUUUAUGAGUGGAUGGUUUAUGAACCGGCUCAACACAUAAGAAUCGCGAGUCUACCGGACAUGUAUGACCGCACAAUAACAAUUGGAUCUGCUGGAAAAACAUUCAGUGUAACCGGAUGGAAAAUUGGGUGGGCGUACGGCCCAGAGAAAUUACUACACAAUUUAAAAGUUGUCCAUCAAAAUUGCGUGUACGCUACGGCGACACCGACCCAGGAAGCGGUGGCGAUUGGAUUUGAGGCGGAGCUCAAGAGAUUCGGACAGCCUGAUUGCUACUUCAAGACACUGGCUCAGGAAUUGCAGCCCAAGCGCGAUUACAUGGCCCAGUUUCUUUUAGAUGUCGGGAUGUCACCAACGGUACCCGAUGGCGGUUUCUUCAUGAUCGCGAACUGGAAAGCUCUAGAACAUAAAGUCCCGCUUGAGGAAGAGACUGAUGAGUACCGCGACUACAAAUUUACUAAAUGGAUGAUAAAAAAUGUCGGGAUUCAAGGGAUACCUCCUUCUACUUUCUACUGUCUUGAACACAAACAUUUGGGGGAGGAUAAUGUGCGGUAUUGUUUCAUCAAGCAGGAUAAGAAUCUUCAGAAAGCUGCUGACAUUUUGCAUAAAUGGAAUUCCCAACUACAAAAGAAAUCUGCUUCCGCAUAACAUUUUUUUUUUGACUCGUAUUAAAAUAGUCGAUAAAAAAUGAUCCUGAAAUUAACAGACGAUUAACAAAUUUCGGAUUUUUUUUCAAUAGAUCGAUUACAAAAAAAAAUAUAAUAAAAAAAUGCACAUGUAGAAAAUUAAAAAAACUACAAUUGCAAUUUUUUCAAAUUUUUUUUUUUUUAUAAUUUAUUGUUUAAAAAAAGUCCAAAAAUUAUUAGGCGUCGGCUAACUUCAGUAUCAUCGAUAAAAACAUGAUCCUGAAGUUAACAGACAAUUUUUGGAUUUUUUUUUAAAGAUCAAUUACACAAAAAAAUAAAAUAAAAAAAUGCACGUGUAGAAAAUUAAAAAAACUGCAGCUGCAAUUUCUUCAAAUAUUUUUUUUUCUGUAAUUUAUCGUUUUAAAAAAAAUCUAAAAAUUACUAGACGUCGGCUGAUUUCAGUUUUAUGUAAAAUUAUCAAUUUUUUUUUUUUUUUAUUACGGUAAGAUUUAAAAAAAAAUGUCUGAUAAUUUUUAUAAGGUCGAUAAUUAGGAAUUUUACCAUCAGAAACUUAUAAAAUAAAUUAAUUAAAAUUUAUUA